AUGGCGAGCGGGGGCAGUGAGCUCAUCGCGCUGGGCCGAGGCUAUAAGAGCGCGCGCGAAGUGCGCGGCGCAGGAGCCGCCGCCAGCGGAGGGCCGGGCGCGGCGCCCCCCGACGGCCUGCUCGCCUCGCCCGACCUGGGGCUGCUCAAGCUCGCCUCGCCCGAGCUCGAGCGCCUAAUCAUCCAGUCCAACGGGCUGGUCACCACCACGCCGACGAGCACUCAGUUCCUCUACCCCAAGGUGGCGGCCAGCGAGGAGCAGGAGUUUGCCGAGGGCUUCGUCAAGGCCCUGGAGGACUUGCACAAGCAGAACCAGCUGGGCACGGGCGCGGCCUCUGCUGCCGCGGCCGCCGGGGGACCCUCGAGCACGGCUGCGGGCGCCGCGCCUCCUGGCGAACUGGCCCCGGCGGCAGCCACGCCCGAGGCGCCCGUCUACGCGAACCUGAGCAGCUACGCGGGCGGCACUGGGGGUUCGGGGGGUGCUGCGACGGUCGCCUUCGCCGCCGAGCCUGUGCCCUUCCCUCCACCGCCGCCCCCAGGCGCGCUGGGACCGCCCCGCCUGACCGCGCUCAAGGAUGAGCCGCAGACGGUGCCCGACGUGCCAAGCUUCGGCGAGAGCCCGCCGUUGUCGCCCAUCGACAUGGACACGCAGGAGCGCAUUAAGGCGGAGCGCAAGCGGCUGCGUAACCGCAUCGCUGCCUCUAAGUGCCGCAAGCGCAAGCUGGAGCGCAUCUCGCGCCUCGAGGAGAAAGUGAAGACGCUCAAGAGCCAGAACACGGAGCUGGCGUCCACAGCGAGCCUGCUGCGCGAGCAGGUGGCGCAGCUCAAGCAGAAGGUCCUCAGCCACGUCAACAGCGGCUGCCAGCUGCUGCCCCAGCACCAGGUGUCCGCGUACUGAGCCCGCGCGCGGGGCGCAUGCGCGGCCCCCUCCCCGGGAGGCGGGCUCGUGUGUGGGGGGGCGUGGGCGCCCCCGGACUCGGAGAGGGCGCGGCCCCGGGAACACCCCCCCUCACCCCGAGGGUGCCAGGAUUCCGAGAGGGCGCGGUCCCUGAGGACCCCCCGAGGGUGCCCAGGACUUGGAGAGGGCGCCUCAGACUCGACAAGCUGGACCCCCUGCUCCCGGGGGCAAGCGCAUGACCCCCCCGCCCUCGCGCUGCCUCUGUUCCCCGAGCGCGGCCACCCAGUGUUGCACAAACCCGCGCGCCCCGGCCGCCCCUUUGUACACACCGCCGCCGUAGGGGGCUCCGAGGGGGCGCAGCCUCAAACCCUGCCUUUCCUUUUACUUUUUUUUUUUUGCUUUUGGAAGAGAGAAGAAACAGAGUGUUCGAUUCUGCCCUAUUUAUGUUUCUACUUGGGAACAAACGUUGGUUGUGUGUGUGUGUUUUUUCUUGUGUUGGUUUUUUAAAGAAAUGGGAAGAAGAAAAAAAAAAAAACUCCCCUUUCCUCGCUCUUGCUCCCCCCCCCUUCCGUCCUUCCUACAUCCCUCCUCCCGCCCUUUUUGUUCUGUUGUUUUGUUUUGCUACGAGUCCACAUUCCUGUUUGUAAUCCUUGGUUUGCCCGGUUUUCUGUUUUCAGUAAAGUCUCGUUACGCCA